GGGCACUUGUCUUGAAAAUAAUAAAAAAAAUAUUCUAAUCAUGUAUGGAAUGCUACUUGAGAGUGUUCAGCAUUUUAUAGUGCAAGAAUGCGGAGAGGAAAUAUGGGAGACUAUUCUUCAAGAAGCGGGAGCUAAGAAUACAGUUUUCAUGACGCGUCAGCAAUACCCGGAUGCUCUUAUGUUGCGUUUGGCUUGUGCUUUGUCACGAUUGCUAAAUAAAGAUCCAAAUAGUCCAACAAUUUGCACACCAGUAACUCCUCCACCAAGAAAAUCAUCUCUCAAAUCCAAACCAGCCUGGAGAAGUGCCUCAGUCCAUGCUGAUAAUAGAAGUCAAACCUACAAAUGUCCCUUCUCUGCUGUAAGCGCUCUAACAGCAGUAACAAAGCAAGAAAUAGAGGCUUAUAACUCCUUAGAAGAAAUUAAAUCACCCACACAGAGUACAAUAUCUUCAGAGAAAAUUUGUGAACUAGAAGAACUUAAUGUCACACCAACUCACCAAAAUAGAGAUAGGAGAAGUCUUGGUGUAAAUUUGGAAAGGUUAAAAAGUGAUGAUACAAAAUCAGUGACGGUUACAGAACUGCCUAAAGAUUCAGAGCCUACCUCACCAAUUUCUGAAGCUUCGAAAUUCAGCUCACUGCCAAAAACCUCACCUUCAGAUUCCAGAAAGGGUUCUUUAAAACCAAGAAAAGUUAGCGUCACAGUCGCUCUCGAUGUGUACAAGCGUCGGGGUUCCGGAAACACUAGUAGACAACGACUGAACAGUCUCAGUUUAUUAAGUGCAGACAGAUUGAAUCUUCUAAAAGAGAAGUUUAGUACACCUGAUAAAAUAAUGCACUUUUUUGGAAGAUGUUUUGUAAAGUUCUUCUCAAAUUUUGGGUACGACACAAUGAUUCGAGCAACUGGGCGUUACUUCUGCACUUUUCUUCAAUCAGUUGACAGCAUCCAUCAGCGUAUGAGGUUCACCUUUCCCCAAAUGAAAUCGCCGAGAAUGCAGCUUACCAGGGCCCAUAUCCAUGGAGCUGAACUGGUCUACAGUAGUGCCAGAACUGGGUACACACAUUAUCUUAUGGGUCAGCUAUAUGAAAUUGCUGAAGAUAUAUUCUCGUUGAAACUGAAAGUGACCAUCGUAAAGGAAGAUUUUUUGGAGGGAAACAACCAUUACGUUGCUGUUCUACGGCUUGAGUUUGAUAAUAGUGAUUACGUGCAAUCGUUAAUGGCAAAGAAAUCACUACCUUGUCCUCUACCAGCCGUACCAGCCACUCUUCUGACCCAGUUGUUUCCAUUCGGGGUGAUUCUAGACAGGAAAAUGAAAAUACUAGUUGCGGGUGAUAAGCUGAUAGAAGCCUGGGGAGGUCCUUACAAACGAAUAUAUAAAACACAAGUCAGCGAAAUCCUAAGACUUAGGAAGCCGAAGAUAUCGUUCACCUGGGAUAAGGUGGUGUGCAUGCAAAACAUGAUGUUUGAAUUGGAACUAGUGCGGUGGCGGUCACUGAACCUCGCAGAUUCAAGACGAGGCUCGCAGGGUACUCGCUCUAUUCUUCUGAAGGGACCUAUUUAUCUUCUUGAAGAAAUUGACGCUCUAAUUUUUCUGUGUAGCCCCAUAUUCAACAACCUGGACGAACUCCGAUUAGCUGGCUUAUACGUAGCUGAUAUGAAUGGGCAUGGCCUCUCCAAAGAAAUGCUUCUUCAAGGAUGGCAACACCUAUCUCGAUUGGAGUUAUUAUUUGAAAAAGCAGAAAGCCGCUCUUUAACAUUGGAAAAGUCCUGGAAACUAAGAGAUGAAUGGAAGAAGAAAGGCGAUCAUCUGCUAUACUCGAUGAUUCCAAAGACAGUCGCUUAUCAACUGCGAGCUGGAAAAAUGCCAGAGGCUGAGCACUUCGACUGCGUCUCAGUUAUGUUUUGUGGAUUUCAAAUUAGACAGACUGGUACUAGAGAGGAUGUGAUGGCUACCGUGGGAUAUAUGAACAGUGUUUAUUCCAGAAUUGACCGACUCCUUGAUUCUCAUCAAGUUUAUAAGGUGGAGACGGUAGGUACCGUUUAUAUGGUCGUAGCAGGAGCCCCUGAGAGACGGCGAAGACCAGCCCAUGCCGAAUGCGUCGCUAGCGCCGCCCUGGCUGUAUCUCGAGCUUUGCCCAUGCUCACUAUUGGAAUCCAUUCCGGACCUUGCCAAGCAGGGGUAUUGGGCCAUAAGCAGCCCCGAUAUUGUCUCGUUGGUGACACAGUUAACACAGCUUCUAGGAUGCAGACAACAAGCGAACCAGGGCGUAUUCAAAUAUCAGCUCAAACAGCAGAAGAGUUACCUUCAGGCAAGUUCAGACUUCGACAAAGAGGAUUGAUAAAAGUAAAGGGUAAAGGACAAAUGGAAACUUUCUGGCUCGAAGGGGAAAUAGAAGAAGAUGAGCAAGAUGAAGCUUUACAACUAUUUUCAAAGCUGUGCGAAGAGAAUGAGUAAAUUUAGCGGAAUUAAAUCGCAUCGGUAAUUUAUUUGUUUUAAAUAUAAGGUGUGUUACUAAAUACGCAGUCGAUAUUUUAUUAGAAAAUUGUCCCGUGCUAAGCGUAAAUUACCAUGUCAUUCUGUACAGUGUCUAUUGUUACAACACGUCUCGCUUGACUAAUAGUUUCUUUUCUGCGAUUUUUAUCUAUCUUAUGCCAUAAUGAAUGUCAGCGUAGCGAAUAAUCAUAGUAGUUUGUGUGGAAAUCCAGUGUGGCAGUUAGGUAUGCGAAGUAGGAUCUGGUUUAAGACUUUUGUGAUACGUCAUUUCAUUUAUUCUCAAUAUUAGACACUUUUAAUUUUUUCAUAUUAAGAUUCAAGAACAAGGCAGUCGAAUCACAAUCACAAUCAGUGUUAUCAACAUAACAAAAACGAUACUAUUGCUCUGUUAUGACCACUAACCCACAAUGGUUUUCGCACAGACUAUAACACUUAUAAUCUAAUCUGAAUACAUUAUUGGAUUACGUAAAAGUAUAAUUUAGGUACCUUCAAUACCUGAUACGGUAUAUGUUUUAGUUUAAUCUGUUUCGGCACAUUUAAUUUCAAAUUCUAUAAGUUUCUGGGUGAGUAACAAGUGUCAUAAUUUCGUCAAUAAAGUCACAAGGAAAUAUAAUUCAUAUUUAAAUAAUUUCUCCUCAGUACCUACUGGUAAUUACUCUUGAUCGUUAAAAUACCAUAAACGAUAAGUAAAUAACCGUAUUGAUUAGCGUAAAUAGUUUUAUAAGCUGUUGUAAAAAAUAUUGUAUGGGUAAUCUUAAAUAACCUAGAUUAUAUAACAUGACACAUUCACGUUUGAAUUUAAGGUAAUGUAAUUUCUCAAGGUCAUCCAGAAAUAUAUUCUUGCCGCCGUUAUAUACUUAUUUGAGUUACAAAUUAUAUUUUUCUGUCAAAAUAAUGUUGUUGUUGAUGUUCAAUUGUUUAACUGCAUCGGUUAUAUAAAAAAAAUAUGAGUAAACAUCACGUAUGUAUAAUAAAAAAAACUAAUGUAUGAUAUAACCUAUAUAAAAUUAUAUUGACUAGCAUUUAUCAGACUACGACUUUUAAGAUCUUUAAUUAUUAGUCUUUAGUCUAUAGCUAAAUCUAAUACGGUAUUUACGUAGAUCUGGCUUGAGUACCGUACAUCUAUCAAAGUUAUUAAUUCAUAGAUAAUAUAAGUGAAUAAAAAACAUUUAUUACUAAAUAGUUUAAUAUCAACAUGCGAAUAAAUUCGAAUAUAUUCUGUAGAAUUCCUUAAUAUCUCGUAUCACUAUAACAGAAGUUAUAUACGAUCCUUAAUUAAGUAGUUUUAUACAUAACUAAUAAAAAAGUUAUUUGAAUAUAUCCUUUUUAUACAUCUUCCUGAGGUAUACUUAAUCCUGAGGUAAAGUUGUUAAAAGAAAACGCGAAUACAUUAAAUUGCCCUUAUUUACAAAUAUACAAAAAUAUACAUGUUUGUCCUUAUCCCUUUCGUGUUCAAAAUAAAUAAAGCGUGACAAAAAUCUUUAACGAUUGAGAUUUAUAGUAUAGUAUGUUUACUUAACAUGCUGAAAAAGACCACCAUGUGUUUAGAACACCAGUUCUAAACACUGUUUUAUUGCUUUGAUUUAAUUUCACAGACAAAGUACAUAUAUUAAAUAUGCUUGCUUUAUCACGCUUUAUCCUUUCUAAAACUAUUUGUCUAUUUUGUAAAUAGCAUCAGUAUGUAUAAGCGCGGGAAAAGAACUAAAACUCAUCCUUAUAUUGAAAUAUGGAAUAUAUUGACCAUAAACAAAUAUAUGAGCAGAAAAUUAUCAAAAGCAAAUAUAUAUAGAUAUUCAUUUUUUUCCUUUAAAAAAAGAACUACUAUUUGUUAACUUUGAUCGCGUUUAACAUUUAUACAAUAACAAAAACAUUAGUGUUUCCUAUAUUAUAUAAACAAGUAAUGUA